AUGUCCGAACAAACCCAAACCCUCCCAGACGGCACGAUCCAGCUCGCGCCGCGCACCGGCACAGCCUUCCAUCUCAAAAAAGGCCAACGCCUGACCGUCAUCGACCCCAAGGGCGGCCAAGUCUCCGACCUCGUCGCCUUCGCCGCCCCCGACAUCCGCGAAGCCCUCUCCAACGGCCGCACCUUCGACUACGCGGACAAAAUCUACCUCUCGACAGGCGGCGCGCUCUACAGCAACCGCAGCAACGUCAUGCUACGCAUCGUCGCCGAUACCGUCGGCACGCACGACUUCCUUUUGACGCCGUGCUCGCGCGACACGUUCCGCAUCAUCUACGGCGACACCGACCCGGCGCCGGGGUGCUUUGGUAACUUGGCGCACGUGCUGGCGAAGUACGGGGUUGAGGAGGACCGGAUCCCUUGCGCGUUCAAUUGUUUCAUGAAUGUGCCGGUGGAUGGGAAGACGGGGCGGUUUGGCGUCGAGCCGCCUGUGUCGAAGGCUGGCGAUCAUGUGGACUUUGUGGCGGAGAUGGAUCUGGUUGUGGGGCUGACGGCGUGUUCGGCGGCGAAGUCGAAUGGGGGGAGUUUUAAGCCGAUUCAGUAUCGGAUUGAUUAG